ACACGGGCCAGAGAAGGGAGGGGUUCUGGAGCCGGAUCACGAAUGGCUACAACUCUAAUAGAGGGCCACAUGUUGAGCGGUCUCUGAAGUCACUGAGCAGUAGAUUUGACCACAUCAAGGAGCAAUGUGCAAAGUUUUCUGACUACUAUACACAGAUACUACAUGUUAAUCCAAGUGGUAUGUCUGAUGCGGACAAGACUACAGAGGCCCUUGCUAGGUUUGCCAGUACACAGAAGCCUUUCAUGUUGAUGCAUUGUUGGAAGAUUCUGAAAGACGAGCCAAAGUGGCAAGACCUUGUUGUUGUUAUGAGCCAAAGUGGCAAGAACAAUGAGCAAGAAGAUGACUGCUAUGUUACAGCUCCCUCCAACCAAGGAGACACUGAAGCUGAACCGUCAACCCCAUCUAGUGGCGGGACCAAGAGGCGACCUGGCCGUGAUUCUUCAAAAGCAAAGAAGCAGAAGAGUGCCUCCUCAUCUGCAUCUGCAACUUCCACCGAAUAUGUAUCUAAAAUGCAUGAUCUGUGGUCUGAUAGGUUCUCGUUCAUGAAGGAGCAGCAAGUUGAGAAGAGCAAGCAAAUGGCCGAAUUGGCCAAUCUGGAAAAGGAGAAGCUUGAUAGGCAAAUGGAGUUGGAGGAACGUUGUUUGGCUUUAGAAGCUAGGAGGUUGGCCAAGGAGGAAAGGGUGGAUGAAUCAAGGUUAUUGGCCGAGGAGGAACGUAUUCUUAACAUUGAUCUUGACACAUGCAAACCAUCUCUUAGGGUGUUCUAUAAGGCUCAGCAAGACAAGAUCUUUGCCAAGUACUCGGCGCCAUCUUCUUAACUUUAAAAAUGUG